AAUUAAAAUGCUUUAAAAAAUCAUAAAAAUUGACAAAAAACAAUGACUUGCCACUGUACGAGAUGCCUCUCCACUCACUUACCACACGCUGAUUGGAUUAUCUUUUAUUAGUUGAAAUGUGUCACGUCAACGUGUGACAUUCCAUUUCGUUACUUGUCAUUGCCCGUCAUCCUAAGAGAGUUUUCUUCUGCUCUAAUAAAAAUAAUACGGAGUACUCCGUAAAAGGAUAAGAGGCGCAGAGCCAAAGAUAAAUGAUUGAUGGCUGCUCUCGUCCCCAAACCCUUCACUCUGCUCCGUGAUACCUUCAACACCACCGCAUCGUUGAAGUCCGACGGCUGCCCCGAACACAAUUUCUUCAAGCGCCGUUGCUUGGAGGCUCAGUCAUUCAUAGUGAAGAGGGCUUCGUUUCCCAGAAUAGUCUGCAAAGCCGUGUCCGUUAAGCAGCCCUUACGGCCAGCUACUGAAGUUGAAGGCCUCAAUAUCGCCGAGGAUGUUACUCAGCUGAUAGGGAACACCCCAAUGGUGUACUUGAAUAAUAUAGUAAAAGGUUGUGUUGCAAAUAUUGCUGCCAAACUUGAGAUUAUGGAGCCGUGUUGCAGUGUAAAAGACAGGAUAGGAUUCAGUAUGAUAACCGAUGCUGAGGAAAAGGGACUUAUAGUGCCAAGAAAGACUGUCUUGGUUGAAGCUACAAGUGGUAAUACUGGCAUUGGACUAGCCUUUAUCGCUGCUUCAAAAGGAUACAAGCUCAUCUUAACAAUGCCUGCAUCCAUAACUCUUGAAAGAAGGGUUCUUUUGAAAGCUUUUGGUGCUGAUCUUGUUUUGACGGAUCCAUCCAAGGGAAUGCAAGGUGCUCUUCAGAAAGCUGAAGAAAUAUUGAAGAACACACCUGGUUCCUAUAUGCUUCAACAGUUCGAAAAUCCUGCUAUUCUCAAGAUACACUAUGAAACAACUGGUCCAGAGAUUUGGGAAGAUACAAAAGGGAAGGUUGACAUACUUGUUGCAGGGAUUGGUACUGGCGGAACCAUUUCUGGUGCAGGGAGAUUUCUCAAAGAGCAAAAUCCCAGCAUUGAGGUCAUUGGCGUCGAGCCUAGGGAAAGCAAUGUAUUAUCCGGUGGAAAGCCUGGCCCUCACAAAAUUCUAGGAAUUGGAGCAGGUUUUAUUCCAAGAAAUUUAGAUCAAGAUGUUGUGGAUGAAAUCAUAGAGAUAUCAAGUGAUGAAGCUAUACAGAUUGCCAAGGAAUUAGCACUUCAAGAAGGACUGCUGGUGGGCAUUUCUUCCGGAGCAGCUGCAGCAGCUGCAAUGAAGGUUGCUAAGAGACCUAAGAAUGCCGGAAAGCUUAUUGCGGUUGUUUUCCCUAGCUUUGGGGAACGGGACCUAUCAACUUUACUUUUCCAGUCAAUUAGGGAGGAAUGCGAAAAAAUGCAGCCAGAGAUAUGAACUAAUUCUUCAUGCAGUAAUUUUCUGAACACAAUUGUGGGAGAUGCCAAAAUAUGUAUCAGAAGGCGGGGGGUGUACUGGAAGGGGCAAGGGACGUCUCAUCGUAAGAUGGCUAAGGAUUGCCACACUUGACAAGAAACAUUGGAAGAUGCCGCAUUAAUGCAGCGGGAUUGUUUGGAUCCUUGCAUUUUGAAUAGCAUAAUGCUGUUUUUUAGUAGAAAUUUUUAUCAGAAUUUUAGGAGUAUAUUUGAAUGCUGAAAUGUCAUUUGGAGUAGCAUUAUGUGGUGCAAAAUAUUUAUUGGAAUACGCUGAUUCAUAGGAUCAACAUUUUGAAAAAACGACAUUUUGGUUG